UGUAUCCGGACCGGGCGCUCCGCUUCCGGUCUACCUCCGUUUCAUAAAGUCGGAACGCAGACUGGAGGAACGAUGCUGGCCUUGUCUCGCGCUGUGGUGAGCGGGGUGUCUCGUGCCCCGGCUGCUGUCAGUCAGGGUGCCGUGACCACGAUGACCCGGUACAACAGCACGGCUCAGAGCGCUCCAAAGAAAACAACAUUCGGCCCUCUGGCCGAUCAGGAUCGCAUCUUUACAAACCUUUAUGGCCGCCAUGACUGGAGGCUGAAGGGUGCGCUGAAGCGUGGCGACUGGUACAAAACUAAGGAGAUACUUUUGAAGGGGGUGGACUGGAUCCUGAAUGAGAUCAAGGUUUCUGGCCUGCGCGGGAGAGGUGGAGCUGGUUUCCCAACUGGCAUGAAGUGGAGCUUCAUGAACAAACCCAGUGACGGCCGCCCAAAGUAUCUGGUGGUGAAUGCAGACGAGGGAGAGCCGGGCACCUGUAAGGACAGAGAGAUCAUGAGGAACGACCCCCACAAGCUGGUGGAGGGCUGCCUGGUGGCCGGGAGGGCCAUGGGAGCCCGUGCUGCUUAUAUCUACAUCAGAGGAGAGUUUUACAACGAGUCGUCCAACCUGCAGGUGGCGAUCAAUGAGGCCUAUGCUGCUGGAUUGAUUGGAAGGGACGCCUGUGGCUCUGGUUAUGACUUCGAUGUGUUUGUGAUGCGCGGUGCUGGCGCGUACAUCUGCGGAGAGGAGACGGCUCUGAUCGAGUCCCUGGAGGGAAAGCAGGGGAAGCCCCGUCUGAAGCCCCCGUUCCCUGCUGAUGUGGGUGUGUUUGGUUGCCCAACAACCGUUGCCAAUGUGGAGACGGUAUCCGUGGCGCCAACCAUUUGUCGUCGCGGAGGCUCGUGGUUUCUGGGCUUUGGCAGAGAGAGAAACUCUGGCACGAAGCUCUUCAACAUCUCGGGCCAUGUUAACCACCCGUGCACCGUGGAGGAGGAGAUGUCCGUCCCUCUGAAAGACCUCAUCGAGAGACACGCAGGUGGAGUGCGGGGCGGCUGGGAUAACCUGCUGGCCGUAAUCCCUGGCGGCUCCUCAACGCCGCUCAUUCCCAAGAACGUGUGCGAGGAGGUGCUGAUGGACUUUGACGGCCUCAUCCAGGCCCAGACUGGCCUGGGCACCGCCGCCAUCAUCGUCAUGGACAAAUCAACUGAUAUCAUCAGAGCCAUUGCUCGCCUGAUUGAGUUCUACAAGCAUGAGAGCUGUGGUCAGUGCACACCCUGCAGAGAAGGAGUGGACUGGAUGAACAACAUGAUGUGGCGUUUUGUGCGUGGCGAUGCCCGCCCGGCAGAGAUUGACAUGAUCUGGGAAAUCAGCAAGCAGAUUGAGGGACACACUAUCUGUGCCCUGGGAGACGGUGCCGCAUGGCCUGUACAGGGACUGAUCAGGCACUUCAGGCCUGUGAUGGAAAGCAGGAUUGCUGAAUUCCAGCAGCAGCAGCAGGCCAGAGCUUAAACCACUACUUGUGCUCCUUAAACCCAUCUUUCUGCCUCUCGAGCUCUUGACCCUGUGCUUGUGUCUUUCACAUAUUAUUUAAAGAAAAAAGAUAACGUGCCGUCUCAUCACCUCAUCAUCAACUUUUGCAUUGAUGUGUCUGCCUUGUAGGGGGAAAUUACUGAAUAAAGUUCUAUGAAC